AUGAAAAAUAAAUUAUUGAAUUUUACAAUUUGUCAAGCUCUUAUCAUAAUUGGAAUGUCGCUAUUAUGUGUAAAGUGUCAAGAACAGAAGCUAUCGGCAUCUGAAAAUGUGACAGUAUAUGAUCGAUCUUUCAACAGAGUGUUGUCGCGUCGCAAGCGAUUCCUUUUGUGGCGACCUGGAAGUAAUGUUUUGAUUUUAGAAUGGGAUAUAUUUUAUCCAUUACCAAGUAGUUGGCGUUUACCAAAAAAACCAGAGAAAAUAUUUCCACCUCCUAUAAUUGAGCCUGAAAUACCAAUAGAACCAGUUGAAUCAUGGUCACCACCAAAAGAAGUUUGGCAACCUGAGGGUGGAUGGACAAAUGAUGUUAUUCAAGAAAUCAAUGAACAAAACAAAAACAUUGCUGGACGAAGAAACUGGCGACCUCCAAUAAAACAAAUGGCUUCAAAUCAGCAACUCAUGGACAGACGAUGGAAUGAGAACAGUUUAUAUAAGUCUUUAUCAGCACCACCACAACCCGUAUCGUUAAAAUUGAAUCCGCUUCUUAAUAAAAAUCCUUGGAAACAAACACAAAUGAACCGAAAUAAUUUUAAUUUCAAUCAACAAUACAACCAGCCAAAUCGUCGAUUACCAUCACCAUCAUCAUCAUCAUCAACAGUUCUGGCUGCUUCAAAACCAUUUGACUUCUCAUCAAUUUCAAAUAAAAUUCAAAAUUACUUUAGAAAAACUCGUUCAGUAAAUGAAGAAAUUGUUAAAGAUACAAAAGCUGAUAAUAAAGAACUGGAUGAAGACUGGGAACAUUAUUAUGCACAUAGAGAUCGACGUGAUUUAUACGACCGUAUAGUGAAUGCAUCACCAAUGAAUUCAAAUUUCGUACGAAACUGUUUAUUGAGAACAAUGUGUGAAGUUCAACAUUUUCUACACCCCAAAGGCUAUUCACUCUUGCAUGAUAUGCUUAGAGUUAUUUUUACAGUUCCCAUUAAAGAUGACAUGGAUGAUGAUUAUAGUAAUGCAGUGCGAGCAGGCGAUCAAGAUUGUGUUCAUUUUUAUAGCAAAAAUUGUCCCGUGAGCAUCUUGGCACUUUUAUUACAUGCAAAAAAUGGCUAAUGGAAUUAUGGUUUUCGGUAAUAUGGAUACAAUCAAAAUCAAUGUUAAUAACAUGUACAACACUAAGCAGAGGGAAGUGAGUGAAAAUGUUCUAUGUAAUGGCAAUAUUUUUUUUACGAUUUAUCGUCAAUGCAG